AUGAGUCUUGAGUUUGUUAAAGUUCUGCUUGUGUUUUUGUUUGGGUUAAGUAGUGCUGAAAAUUCGAAUGUGAUUCAGCCUUUCAUUGUUAAUGGCACGGAUACUCGAAUUGAGGAUUUUCCAUCUAUGGUCUCCAUUCGACUGAAAGGCGAUCAUUUAUGCGGUGGAACGAUUUUGAACGAUGAGUGGAUCCUUACGGCUGCACAUUGCCUUUAUGGAAUGCCUUCAGAUUUUUCAGUUCAAUAUGCAACAACAGUUAUUUCACAAAUCGGCAUGAACGUAGCGUUUGCUGAGAAACUCGUAAGGCAUGAAAACUACAGACCAUCGAUCCAUAAGAAUGACAUUGGAUUAUUAAAACUUAGAACCCCACUCAACAUAACAACGUUUAGGAAGAACUAUCGGGCGACAUUAGCCAUGAUAAGGUCGCAUUAUAGUACGGGAAGUCGAGCAGUAUUAGUCGGUUGGGGUGCAAAUUCGGUAAAUUCAAUAUUUGAUGAUAUCGUUUCUGAAAGUCAUUAA